UAAAAAUAAGACGGUAUAAAAUUCAACAUGUCGCAUCAAAGACAAGAGCUGUCAUUAGACACAGAGCGAACCCCUCUUAUAGAAACAGAAAUCAAUGCAGGGUUCGAUCAAGAAAACAGUUGUAGCAGAGAGCACCAAUUGCGUUUUGAGGAAAACACUAACGAGAAGGAUAUACUGUAUGAAAUUCACACUGCUUCCGGAGGUCACGUAAAUGUGAGAAAUGGUGAGAUUCCUGAUGAUGUACCUAGGAAUACUACAACGAAUACAGAAUGUCUUAUGCACCUUUUGAAAGGAAACACUGGAGUAGGGAUACUUGCUUUGCCAGUUGCCUAUAAGAAUGGUGGACUCUGGCUGAGUCUUGGAUUUGUGACUGUCAUUGGAAUGAUUUGCACUCACUGUAUGCACGUUUUAAUACGGUCUGGAAACGAACUUCAGAGGAGAAAUAAAGGCAUGCAUUUAGAUUAUGCAAGCGUCAUGGAGGCGGCAUUUGAAACAAGAACUGAUUGGUUAAAAAAUUGGAGCAAUUUUGCAAGGAGAAUGGUAAAUACAUUUCUAGUCACCACACAACUUGGGUUUUGUUGUACAUAUAUAGUCUUUAUCGCUGAAAAUAUAAAACAAGUUAUUGAAUACUCUGCCCCAGUUUUAUUAGAUACAAAACUUUACAUUGUCAUGGUAACGGCGCUGCUCAUACCGUACUCGAUGGUUAGAAGCCUAAAAAUUCUAGCACCAUUCUCAGCUAUUGCCAAUCUUCUAAACCUGGCUGGAUUUGUGUUGAUAAUGGUGAACUUGUGGCAAAACAUACCAGAUAUUCGUACUCGAAAGUCCAUAGCUGAAGUUCAGAAUUUGCCAUUAUUCUUUGGACAAGUUUUGUUUGCAUUUGAAGGUAUCGGGUUGGUACUUCCGUUAUACAAGAAGAUGAAGGAUCAAGACGCGUUUCUGGGUAAAGUUGGAGUACUCAAUCUUGGUUUAACCUUAGUUAUAGUACUUGACAAUGCUGUAGGUUUCUACGGCUACCUGAAAUAUGGAGAAGAUACCAGGGGCAGUAUAACACUAAAUCUUCCAAAUGACCAGUGGUACAAUCUGUGUGCGAAGCUUUUCUUUGCGGUCUCAGUGUUCCUGAGUUAUGCUGUACAGUUUUAUGUACCUGUUGAGAUAAUAUGGCAUUAUACGAAGAAACGGAGUAAAUCAAGACAAAUAUCUAUACCAUUUUAUGCAGAAUAUAUACUGAGAUUAGUCUUAGUUUUAUUAACAUGUGGACUUUCUGCACUUGUACCACAUCUAGAUCUUCUUAUUGCACUGAUUGGCGCGUGUGAAAGUUCUUUCCUAGCUCUUAUUCUGCCGGCUGUUAUAGAAAUAACCACAUUUGACUGCAAAAAAAAUGUUAAGAUCAAAAAUGGAAUUUUCAUAAUACUAGGACUUGUUGGAUGCGUUACUGGAACAUAUUCUUCUCUUUUAGAAAUAAUUAAAACAUUUUAAAUAAAAUUGUCCUUUCACAUCAAAGAUGGUGACUAAUAAAAUUAGAGUUAUCCCUACGA